GAAACGAGCAGAGAACCGGAAGUGAUGAAGCUCUUGGGUUAGAGUGAGCGGCGACGUUUAAAGCUGAGGUACCUGGUGCUAUUGGAGCCGCCCGGCUUCUCCAUUCAGGCUCCAGCCCGAGCUAGGAGAAGACUCCCAGAAUCGCGGCGGCCCGUGGCAGGCAGUUGACUCUGAUCGAGAAGAAUCCGCGCAGGUCGAAAUAACCGAGCCACCGCGGAGGGCCGCCCCAAGGGCGGAGCCCGCUGCCGAUGGCCACGCCCCCGGGGGCCGGUCCUGCUACUCUGCGUCUGGUGGCUGCAGCCAGCUGGCAAGUAGUGCGUGGACGCCGCGUGGAGCUCUUUCCGCGAGUACUGGAGUUUAUGCAAUCCCUGCGCUUUGCUGCCCCCGGCUUGGUUCGCUACCGGCACCAUGAACGCCUGUGUAUGGGCCUAAAGGCCAAGGUGGUGGUGGAGUUGAUCCUGCAGGGCCGGUCAUGGGCCCAGGUCCUGAAUGCCCUGAAUCGCCACUUCCCAGAGUCUGGACAUCUAGUGCAGAACCCCAAAGUUACAAAGCAGGAGUUGAGGAAGAUCUUGGAGUCACAGGAAACUUUUCGCCAGCAGGUUAAGCAGCUGGCAGAGGCCCCUGUGGAUCUGGCCUCGAAGCUGCAGGAACUUGAGCAAGAGUAUGGGGAACCCUUUCUGGCUGCCAUGGAAAAGCUGUUUUUUGAAUACUUGUGUCGGCUGGAAAAAGCACUGCCUACGCUACAGGCACAGCAGCUUCAGGAUGUGCUGAGUUGGAUGCAGCCUGGAGUUUCUAUCACCUCUUCUUUGGCCUUGAGCCAAUAUGGUGUGGACAUGGGGUGGCCGCUUCCAGAGUGCUCUAUUACCGGUUCAGUGACCACGACACAGCCCAUGGAGCCGAAUCCCCCUCAGCAACCAAGACUAGCACUCCGCAAUUCUCUACCAAAAGCCAAGCGUAGCCCAUACGUUCCUCAGGAACCAGCCUCAAGGACACACCCAGAACCUUUGACUGGCCAUCAUUUCAAUCUGGCCCCUAUAGGCCGGCGAAGAAUCCAAUCUCAAUGGGCAGCCACUAGAGGAGGCCGUAAGGAGCGCCCCACAGUCAUGUUGUUCCCCUUUAGGAAUCUGGGCUCAUCAGCCCAAGUCAUAUCUAAGCCUGAGAACAGAAGGCAACAUGGGACACACACAACAGAUCCAGCAGGUGCUGGGGGCACAAGGACAGCCUCUGCUGGAAAGCCCAAGAGUCCAUCUCAAGCCCUAGGGGGAAGGCCUCUAAAGGAGAACUUGGUUGAGUCAUCUGCUUCAGAGCAAAAGGAGAAUUACCUGGAUGGUGCCCUGGAUCCUCUGAAACUGUCAUUAUCUCCUCCUAAAACUAGGAAGCCAGCUAGUUCUGCAUCUCUGUGCAGCCCCGCCAUUACCAUAGGAGACUUGGUUUUGGACUCUGAUGAUGAAGACAAUGGCCAGAGGGAAGGGAAGGAGUCUCUGGGAAACUAUCAGAAGACGAAAUUUGACACCCUGAUCCCCACCUUCUGUGAAUAUCUCCCCGAUUCUGGCCCCAGUGCUAUGUCUGUCCCUUCCCAUGACCAUACAGAUAGUUCUAGACCCCCGUGACAGGACCACAAUGCCAUCUGCACUGUCUCCUUCCUCCUCAGCCAUACAAACAGUUUAGUGGGAAUGAAGCGGAAGCCCAGGAUCGGGUUGCCUGACUAUGUUGCUAAACUUCUUUGUAAUGCUUGGUAAUUAAACUCUGGAUUUGUUAAAA